AUGAAUGAUAUUGCCGGAGCUCAAGCGCGAAUGGACGAAGAGGUUGAUGCUCCACGCAAUGGAGACCCUGCCGGAGAGGAUAAGAACUCGAUGCCUGGCAUGUCCAUUACUGAAGCAGAACGGGCUUGGGCAUUGACCAUCAAGGAAGCUGUGGAAGCAAAUGAUGAGAUCGAUAACCUCAGUGACUUUUGGUAUGCACAACUGGCUAUUGUGGACCAUGACAAUGUGGAUGCAGCACAGCAGCAUUCGGCUCACAUGCAAGCAUUUCGGCAGGAGUACGACAUUCGAGACAAUUUGGAGGACGCCAAAAGCACGGUCUGGGAGUUUCUGACAUUGUUUGACAGACCCUGGGUCCUUGCAUUUUCCUACAGUGUUGAAUCACAGAGCUACAUUUGGGUUGUCGAUAUCGCACAAAUCGACAAGAAGGACUUGGUUACCAAUAAGCAAUGGAGAAUCUACCUGGCAGGAUUGUAUUACCUACGACAAGCCCUCAAUCCCAACUUACGGGCCAUUUCCACUGGGAUUUCUAUCAUUCAUGAAUGUGAGGGAUUUGACUUUGGUAAAAUGGGAGGGCUGGAGCAUGUGGCUCGCAUGGCAAGAGAGUUGAUUGGGGAGUAUCCUGCCAGGCAUUACUCAUUGCGGUUUUUUCAUACUGGGUAUUUUGUUAAUGUCAUGAUGAGCACGAUCAAACGAUUCCUGCCAAAGAAUAUGACAGAAAGGAUGGAAUAUGGAUGCUCUUGUGAUGGUCGAUUGGAUCAGAUAUGGCUAGUCCCAGAUGCCAAGACAGUACUACAAAGGAACUACAUCAGAAUCAUGCAAACCCUGCAGCUGAGAUAUGAAAAUGAGGCCAGAUUUAGUUUGUAG